CAUCGCCGUUUAACCGCUCCGCUCUCCGUUCCCUUCACUUCUUGGAGAGAAUUCUCUCCUCCUCCUCCUCCUUUGUUGCUUUUGUUUCUUCCAUUUCUUUCUUCUUUUCUUGGCUGCUGCUCUUAUGGCGGACGGCGCGAACGGGAGGGCCGGAGGUGAUGUGAAGGCGAUCUUCCGGCAGAUCUACUUUGACCUCAAAGCGGAGCUGCUCGAGGAUCCCGCCUUCGACUUCACCGACGAGGCCCGGGAAUGGAUCGACAAGAUGCUGGACUACAAUGUACCUGGAGGUAAGCUGAAUCGUGGGAUCUCUGUGAUUGAUAGCUACAAGCUGCUCAAAGGAACUGAACUGAGUGAUAAUGAAGUGUUCCUAGCAUGUGCCCUUGGUUGGUGCAUUGAAUGGCUUCAGGCAUAUUUUCUUGUCCUUGAUGAUAUUAUGGACAACUCCCACACAAGGCGAGGUCAGCUCUGUUGGUUUAGAGUAGAGAAGGUGGGUCUUAUUGCUGCAAAUGAUGGGAUUAUACUUCGCAAUCACAUUUUUCGGAUUCUUAAACGGCAUUUCAGGGAAAAGCCUUACUAUGUUGGUCUCCUCGAUUUGUUUAAUGAGGUUGAAUUUCAGACGGCUUCAGGACAGAUGCUGGAUCUGAUUACUACUCAUGAAGGAGAACAGGAUCUGUCAAAAUACAAAAUGCCAGUUUAUCACCGCAUUGUUCAGUACAAAACUGCCUAUUAUUCAUUCUACCUUCCGGUGGCAUGUGCAUUGCUGAUGUCAGGAGAAAAUUUGGAUAAUUUUGUUGAUGUAAAAAGCAUUCUUGUUGCAAUGGGAACAUACUUCCAAGUACAGGAUGAUUACCUUGAUUGCUUUGGUGAUCCUGAAGUAAUUGGUAAGAUUGGCACUGACAUUGAAGAUUUUAAGUGCUCCUGGCUUGUUGUGCAAGCCCUGGAACAUGCUAAUGAGACUCAAAAGAAUAUAUUAAUGGAGAAUUAUGGAAAGUCAGAUCCAGCUUGUGUUGCAAAAGUUAAAUCCAUUUAUAAAGAUCUUGAUCUCCAGAAUAUAUUUUUUGAAUACGAGCGAGAAAGCUAUGAACAGCUGAUUUCAUCAAUUGAAGCCCAACCUAGCAAACAAGUCCAGGAUGUGUUGAAGUCCUUCUUGCACAAGAUCUACAAGAGGCAGAAGUAGCUCUCUGAAUAUGAGAGUUACAAACCAUGUUAGAGCAACAUGGCGUAUUUCCUUGUGACGUCUUUUUUUUGUAGCACUGAUAUGACUGAACAGCUUUGUUGUACCAUCCUAUGAAAGAGCCACACGUCUCUCUUCUGAGUUGCCCACGUUCAGCGUUUUCAGCGUUCUCUUCUAGUCUGUUUCUACUGAUUUAUUGGUCUUGCACAAUGUAGUCUUGUCCUUUAGUUUCAUUUAGAGCAUAGAGCAUUGCAAAAUUUCUUCAUUAUGUUUUCA